UUUAUGCCGCGUCGGACGAAUGCUCUUAAAUCAAGUGAAAUAGUGUAAACAAUCUUGGAUAUAAGUUAAAAUUACGUGAUAAUAAUUACGAUUUUGAGAAUUAUACCAAUGAACCGAUUAAUUCUUGAUUUAUGUGGGCAUUUGAUGUCAGUCCGUAAAUGCUCACAGUUAAUCGAAUCGGAGUGAAUCGUAUAUACUACGACGGAGCGAACAGUUUCAGUAACACAUCUCGGCCAGGCUUGCGUGAAUAGACGCCCAGCACAGUGGGCAAUAACCGGUAACGUGACGCGGUCGCGCGGCGUGUGAUGAUUAGGAAGCAGAAAACCGGUACCAAGCACAGGCAACGAGUUCACUAAAGAUGCGUGGGCUCGUCGGUCGGCACGAAGGUCCCGGGAGAAGAUCGUUGUCGCUGUCGUUGGCUUAUUACUGCCUGCUCGUGCCAGUAUACCACGUGCUCGCCGUGACCAGUGAGCUACCGCCAAAGCUCGAUUUGCCGGACUAUUGUUCGUGGGAUUUGCACCAGGAUGGCGCGCUCACCUGCGUGCAUCAUUACACGGGCAACGACUCGCUCAGGACGAACUUUUCUCAGGCUACGAGCGAGUACGUGACCUCCAUGAACAUCGUGUGUGAGGACUCCGAUGAGGAAGACGACAAUGGCGUACUCAGCGUGGACAGCUUCCUUCACUUAUGGCGGCUGCGGUCGUUGAAGCUGACCGGAUGCAAGUUGAUGCAUUGGCCGGCCAAGCUACUCAGCGGUCUCCGCGAUCUCCGUAAUCUGACUGUUAGAACACUAAAUGGACACAAAACCAAAUAUAGUCUGGAAUUGGAAAGCGGCGCUUUUGACAAUACGCCGCAGAUUGAAAAACUUGAUCUGUCAUGGAAUAAUAUCUGGCAAAUACCGGAUCGCCUGUUUUGCCCCUUAUCGAAUUUAGUAACUUUAAACAUCUCGUGGAAUUCGUUGAAGGACAUUACGGAACUUGGAUUUCAAGAUGUCACUGAAGAAAAAAUAUCUGAGAAGCAGCAUCCGAGACGGAUUCAAUUGGAAUCCACGCCGGCUCCUCUUCCAUGUUCCUUGGAUGUGCAAUCGUUAGACAUGUCGAAUAAUCAAAUUUCCGUGUUGCCUAUCAAUGGAUUCUCGUCGUUGAAACGUCUCAAAGUAUUGAAUUUGUCCAGCAAUGCUAUCUCCAUGGUAGCAGACGGAGCUUUGCACGGACUUAGAUCCCUUGAGAAUCUCGACCUAUCUGGAAACAAAAUCGUCGCUUUGCCGACGGCGAUGUUCCGGGAUGCGAGCAAGUCACUGAAGGAGUUGAGAUUGCAAAACAACUCUAUCAGUGCGCUGUUGUCUGGUUUGGUGGCCAACAUGAAUCAACUAGUCACCCUCGACUUGUCAAGGAACGUUCUGACUAGUUCGUGGUUAGACUCGGGAACAUUCUCUGGAUUGAUACGCCUCGUACUCCUGAAUCUAUCUUAUAAUCGAAUUAGCAAGCUAAAUACGACAAUCUUCAAAGAUCUCUAUACCUUACAAAUUUUAAAUCUCCAAUUUAACGAGAUAGAUUCGAUAUCGGCGGACACUUUCGCGCCGAUGAGCAACUUACACACCCUAGAAUUAGCUCACAAUCGGUUGACUUAUCUUGACGCUUACUCCCUGAACGGAUUAUUCGCGCUCUCGCUGCUGGCCUUGGACUCCAACUUGCUUGAGGGAAUUCAUCCGGACGCUUUUCGGAACUGCUCGAGCAUGCAAGAUUUAAACCUGUCCGGCAACAAUCUUGACAGCAUACCAGUGGCGCUAAAAGACAUGAGGAUAUUGCGGACCCUCGAUCUGGGCGAGAACCAGAUCAGAAGCCUGAAUAAGCCUGGUUUCCGAGGAAUGUCAAGUCUUUAUGGGCUAAGGAUGAUCGGCAACGAGAUCACUAACGUCACGCAGGAGGAUCUCGUGGAAUUGCCGGCGUUGCAAAUCUUAAAUCUUGCCAGGAACAGAAUCGAAUUCGUGGAGAAUGGUGCAUUCGCUGCCAAUCCGGCACUUCAAGCGAUCCGAUUGGAUUCAAAUGUAUUGCAGGACAUGUCUGGCAUCUUUAUAAACGCGCCCGGUGUUUUGUAUUUAAACAUGUCUGACAACAUUAUUACGCAAUUUGAUUAUAGCUUCUUGCCUGAAAAAUUACAAUGGAUGGAUCUACAUAAAAAUUUUAUCGAAGAUCUUGGCGUAGCGCCACGGAAUACGAAUCUGCAGACACUCGAUGUGUCAUUUAACCGGCUAACGAGGAUAGACUCUCGGUCGAUUCCAGAUUCCAUCGAGCUACUGUUCGUCAACAAUAACCUGAUAGCCUCCGUGGAGCCGCAAACAUUCUUCGCAAAGACGAAUCUCACUCGAGUGGAUCUCUACGCGAAUCUGAUUAUCAAGAUGAACCUCUCAGCGUUCCAGCUUACUCCGGUGCCAUCUAACAGACAACUUCCGGCAUUCUACAUCGGCGGAAAUCCCUUUAUAUGCGACUGCACCACGGAGUGGCUGCAGAGGAUCAAUUCGCUUACGCUGAGACAGCAUCCGAGGGUGAUGGAUCUCGAGUCCGUUUACUGUAGAUUACCUUACGAUCGUCACAAGUCGUUUAUACCGCUGUUGGAGGCAAAAUCUUCACAAUUCUUGUGCACAUACAAGGCGCACUGCUUCGCUCUCUGCCAUUGCUGCGACUUCGAUGCUUGCGAUUGCGAGAUGACAUGUCCGACGAACUGCACGUGUUAUCACGAUCAGUCCUGGUCGGCAAAUGUCGUCGACUGUUCCAGUUCAGGCUACAAAACCCUGCCGGGUCGGUUACCGAUGGACGCAACGGAGGUUUAUCUCGAUGGGAACAAUUUCGGGGAACUGAAUUCUCACUCGUUCAUCGGCCGGAAAAAUUUGCAGAUCCUUUACGCGAACGACAGCAACAUCAUCGCAAUCCGCAAUCACACCUUCAGUGGUUUGAAGCGGCUGCUUGUGCUACAUCUGGAGAACAACAAGAUAAGUUUUCUUAAUGGCGUAGAGUUGAUGCCUUUGGAAAAUCUGAAGGAACUUUAUCUGCAGAAUAAUCUGUUAACGUAUAUUGAUAACGGUACGUUCUUACCACUACGUCAGCUAGAAGUCUUGCGUUUGGAGAACAAUCGACUCGGCACUUUUGCUCUCUGGCAAUUGGGCCAAAAUCCGUAUCUAGUCGACAUCGGUUUGUCUAGUAAUCCGUGGAACUGCGAAUGCUCUUAUCUGGAUCGCGUACGGGAGUGGAUGUCCCGCAACCAGGCGAAGAUCAAUGACUGGCAAAGCGUCACCUGUUCUCUAGGCGUACCCAUAACUCUUCCAGCGAACGGAUCGGUUAUAAAUUGCGCGGCAUUAACGGGCACGACUUCCGUCGUCGAGACGCAUCCGCUGGAAGCUUAUCUACCGGUACUGCUAGCCACAGUCGUGCUGAUUUUCGCAGCGGUGGCGUUGGUGUGCGGCGCAAUCAGGCAUCGUCGUACUCUGAGAACCUGGGCCGCGAGCAGAUGCGGUCUACGGGCGUGCUACAAAACCGCAGCCUUCGAGGAUCAGGAGAAACCGUUCGACGCCUACAUCUCCUAUUCUGCGGUCGACGAGGCCUUCGUCUCUACGAUUCUCGUGCCGGGUCUUGAAACUUCAUAUAGGCUGUGCUUACACUAUCGAGAUCUUGGUGCCGGCAGCAACGUCGCUGACGCCGUAGCCGAGGCGGCCGAUUCUUCGAGGCGCACUAUUCUCGUAUUGUCGAAGAACUUUCUGCAUGGCGAGUGGUCCAGGUUUGAAUUCAAGGCGGCCCUGAGGGACGCUCUCAAGGGAAAGGGCCGCUCGGUAAUUUUGCUUCUGGUGGGCGGUGUGUGCCCACGGGAUCUCGACGCCGAUCUCAAAAAGAGAAUCUCGUCGCACACUGUGCUGGUAUGGGGGGACAAGUUGUUCUGGCAGAAGCUGAGGUUCGCCAUGCCGGACGUGUCUCCGGUUCCCGUUUUAGAGAGACCCUUGCCAUUGCCGCCACCGCCGCCACCGCCGGUGCAUCAUCAAUGGACGUAGAACUGCCGUUAUUUAGAUGUCAACUGUUUCCAAAAGUAUUAUUGAAUCACGUUAUGCAAGGAGCAUUUGGAAAUC